AAAUCAAAAUAUCAUAACAAAGAACGGCGCGGCAAACAUAUGAUGCAUGGAUUGAUUGUUUUAUUCGCCUUCGAUUAACUCAGUUCACCUAUAUGGCCUGAGUUUACUUCGUAUCGUAUUUUAUACAUUUUCUUUUUACAAAAUUCCAGACCAACACUUAUGGAUGUGCCUCGUCCAUCGUCUUUACUCAGUAAAGGAUCACUUGUUAGGGUUGUAAAGAACGAGCCUCUUGCAUUACCAAUUUUUCUGCAAGUCUUGAAUGCUCAGGUGGUUCCUGUUGUCAACAGUGGAAAGUUUUACCGCUUGUGGUUGUUUGAUGGCACUUAUAAGACUUCAUUUGGACUCAUAAGCUAUGAAAAAUAUUGGGCCAGUAAAAUUGAUUUGGAAAUGCAAACAGGCGUUGAAAAAGUAGCGAUUAUCAGGGUAAACAAAAUCAGAUGCCAAACUUUAGAUCUUAUUAACAGGCCAGCAAUUUAUUUGGACUCUGUUAACGUCGAGGAAUAUACAGUUGUGGAAGAUUUACAUGCCGCCACUGACUUGGAUGAAUGUUUCAAGGGCGAAUUAGAACAUUUCGACUUGACAUCGCUCAGCAAGUACUCAGCGAAUUCUAUAAAAUCCGAAAUCAAACCACUGAUGUCCAUCACGUUAAAAUCAAAAGAGGAACUAAACCAACAGAUGAAUGCGAGAGUGAAAUGCAAUUCACAGCUAGGCUGUUUGAAUGCAGUUGAUGCUCAAGACUCGGAUUUAGCUUCACAGGGGCUAGUUCGUGCUCGCCUCACCUUCAUGAGCCCUUUGAUUUGGAAGCAACAGGGCUAUUACAGAAGACUGACCUUUACUACCAAAUACUUCAAGAUCAGUGGGACAAUAACGCAACGAGAAGAACAAAACUGCGAUUUGCCAAAAGUGAACGAAGGAUGCCUUUUGAAAAAUAUACCCGAAGAGAAAGAAAAUGCUCUAUUUGAAAGAAUCCAUUUUGGUGGCCCAGCCAGCACUGAAUCUUUGCCAGAGAUAAAAUAUAACUUUAUGCCCUUGCAUAAUGUCAGGGCUUUGGCUACAGAUUCCGUUUGUGACUUGAUAGGUGUUUUGUCUGCACCUCCAAAGAAGAAGAAUUUUGGCAAAGACACAAAGAAGAUGGUGCUCAACAUCUGUGAUCCAACUUGCAAAUUUGACCUUCCUGUCGAGGUUUGGCCAGCGGCGUUGGAAGGUCUGGAUUUGAAUGAUAACCCAGUGAUAGCUGUUUGUGGAGCAAGAAGGACUUCGCUAACCAUGUCAUAUGUAGCUUUGAGGGCAGACAGCAUGCUUUUGGUAAACCCUGACUGGCUGAAAGAGUGCAAAAAAUUGAAGAAAUGGUGGAACAAAAAAGAAGACGAUGUCAAUUACGAUACUUUCAAUGAGGUGCGCAAGAUACUUGAAAAAAAUAGCUCAAUAAAGGAGUUUAUUGUUCCUAAAUUAACAGUAGAGAAUACAAUGGAGUCUCUUAACUUCGACAUUCGCUGUACACUUUGCAGCGAAAUGGCCUACGACUUGGCACAGCCGACCUUUGUAUGCGUAAAUUGUGGACCAAUAGUGAAAGUGGUUAUUGAAAACAUUAGAACAUCCUUACAGUUGCACGAUGGAACGAACUAUGAAUGGGUUUUGGUUAAAGAUCAGCAAAUACGGUCGCUCCUGGGCUUGCCGAGUCCUCUCUAUGGCGAAAUCGAUAAUCCUGAACUGUACACGAAAGUAACUGCUUUGAAAGAGCGCCAAAUACGAGCCAGAAUUAAAUACGCAGCAAACUUGAAGAUGAGAUACAUUCUGCUUGAAGCCCAGUAUACUGAUGAAUAUGAUUCUUUGGUCAAAUAGUGUCCAUUUUGGAAAAGGAGGUAAAGAGUUCAAAGUCUAUGCUUAUGAAUUUAAUCUAACUGUGCAUACUUUAAUUUGUGAAAGCAUUUACAAUUUUUAAAUUUAUCCCACUAUCUUAUUUGCUAUAGAUUCAUGUUGCUAAAUUUUAUAGUCCCAUAAGAAAGGUAUAGUGCAAUUCAAACCCAACAUAAUGUUAAAUAAAAAUGAAAACUGUUCAUAGAGUACCAUGUUGUGCAGCUGGCGGUUCUUGUCGUUCUGCUACAUAAGCCAAUCCUACAUUUUACCAUACUGGUUAAAUGGUUACUGCCCAGCUUUCGCUGUUCGGUUGCAGAAAACUGGAUAGAAAAUAUUUUGGUGAUUCCUGUCUGGCUGAAAGAAUGCAAAAAUCGGUGAUGAGCUGCAUGAAUGGAUCAGGCAUCAAAGAUCUUGGAUCAGAAGUAAUGUCCGUAAAUCAUGUAUGUUAGGUAGCUUGACUGUAUUUUUUUAGUUUGAACAGAAGUUAAAAAAAAUACAGAAACAGUUAUAUUUAUGAGAGUACUAAUAUUUGGCAUUUUUAAUUGCCUGGAAAUG